UGCUAUCAGUCAAAGAACAAUAACCCUUUGAGUGGAAUUAUCACCAUGGAGAACGAUGAAAGUUUUAUUUUCCAAAUGUACUUCUUUUGUCCGUCUUUAUACCCGCAAAGUAUGGUGAUAUCAAUAAUCGAAUUCAAUAACAAUGGAAAAUUCAACAAAAUUCAGCGAGUACGAAAGUAACCGAGCGAAACUGGUCGCCGAUGAACAGAAGUAUAGAGGGGACUAUGGGUUUGUUAAAUCUCUUUCGCCUACAGCCCAAGCCGCCAAUACUAUAGUUUCUCGCAUUCAACAAUUCAACCGGCAGGUUCUUUUUAAUCCAUUUGAGUCAAUGAGUCCCUUACGUUCAGACUCUGGCUUCCCCUGCAUCAAAGAAUCCAUGGCAAGGACAGCUUUAUUAGAGAUAAUGAAAAAGUUACCAAAGGGAGCAAUUCUUCACGCCCACCACGCUGCUUGCGUUUCGAUUGAUUUUAUCAUUGAGAAAAUGAUCGAGACCCCGGGCAUUUCUUCGCAACCUCGACAGACUAGAAGCUCAGUGAAUAAUAUUUGGGAUCCUGAUUACAUACCCAACUCACUUGUUCCAGUCUCUCUUGCGGCGUCUACAUACUGCGAUUACCCUUCCACUGCGAACUAUGACAAAUAUCGUAUCGCACCUGCUUGUAAUACAUUCCAGAGUGGGAAAAAGCUACUUGAUACGAUAAUUCACAACGAGCCAAUUUUCCGACCAUUACUCAAGCGAAUUUUUGAAGGGUUGGACGAGUAUAACGUUAAGUGGAUAGAGAUUAGGAUGGUUUUCAAAGUUGAAUUUCGAUUAGAGUGGAGUGAUAAACCAUCUGGAGAGGUUGAAAUGGCAAGAGUAAUCUGGGAAGAAAGAGAAAAGUUUGCAAUCGCGAUGAAAAAGAAAAAUAAAGAAUGGUGGGGACUGCGGAUUAUCUGGACAGGCCUGAGACCGUGGAAAGAUGAAGAAAUCAAAGCCGACAUGGAGGCUUGCAUGCGUGUGAAGGAACGAUAUCCAGAUCUGAUCUCAGGAUACGAUCUAGAGGGACAAGAAAAACUCGGUCGUACGCUCGAAGAUCUCGUACCUAUUUGCCUCUGGUUUAAGAAACAAUGCGAAAGCCGCAACUUAAACAUUCCAUUCUUCUUGCAUGCAGGAGAAUGCUUGGGUAAUGGUGAUGUAAAUGACCAUAACCUUUACGAUGCCAUUCUUCUAGGUACUCGACGUAUUGGUCAUGGAUAUUCACUUCCUAGGCAUCCGCUGCUGGAAAAGAUUUGUAAAGAGCGACAAAUUAUGAUCGAGUCCUGUCCACUCUCAGAUGAAAGUUUGAGAUUAACAAAUUCUGCUAAUGCUCAUACUCUACCAAUGCUGUUGGCAAAAGGUGUAAGUGCUAGUUUGAAUUGUGAUGACCCGUUUUUAUUAGGUCAAGAAAUGAUAGGCGUUUCAAUAGAAUUCUCCAUGUGCAUCUGGUCAUGGGAUAAUCUAGAUCUGGGUGGUCUGGGUCAUCUGGCGCAAAACAGCGUGAGGUGGUCACAAUUUGAAGAUCAGACUGACGAAGAUUGGCAAUCGGGAAUCCGAUCAGGUGAGAAGUCAAGGAAAGGAUUAAAAGCUCAGAGAAUGCGAGAGUGGAAGAAAGACUGGGGAGAAUUUUGUGCUUGGGUUGUUGAAAGAUACGGAGAGCCUUGGGGAAACGAAGAUGCUUUCAAGGCUACUUUGGAAGAGAGAGCGGAAUUGGUGGAGCAAAAUAUGGCAGAUGAAGAUGCGGUAGAAAAAGAACUUGAUAGAAUAGCAGCCCGGUUCAAGGAAAAAGAAGAGUCGAUAAGAGAAUGGAGAAAGAAAGAGAUAAAGAGAAGGCAGUUCAUUACUAAAGCGAAGGAACUGAUGGCCGAGGAAAAGUUACAGAAAAAUAUGUCAAAAGGCUUGAAGGAACCUCCUGAUAGUCCUGAUAAGACUCCAAAGAUGGUGUUGAAGAAGCUACCAAAGAUUUAGAACUGGAUCUCGGAAGCAAUUUCGAGAUUUAUUACCGCUCGAGGUAUCAAGGAGAUUCUAGAUAUAAAUCUAGAACAGCAAAGAAGACUGAUCAAAGCUAUGUGUAUUCAAGUUCUCGAUUAUUAUGUCAAAGAUAAGAAA